CUUACGGCUUUGUUUACGGCGUUGGAAAUGGCGGCAAACGAAAACAUGGACCCCGGACCAGAUGUGGAAUGUGUAGUUAAUCGUUGGAUGGUGGAUUAUUAUAUAUCUGUGGCAUUUGAUACUUUUAGGAAUGAACGGUAUACUGAUUUCUGUGAGAUCAGAGACAUCCUUCCAAUGUGAGUAACGUUAGCGUCUUCGCGAAAACCAAUACAGGUUUCUGUACCGUCUCUGCCUAAUAAGACAGUUUGUUUAGCUAGUUUAAACGUUUUGUUUAGCUAGUUUAAACGUUUUUAUACCACGUGUUAGCUAGCUCGAUACGUUAGCUAACUGUGCGGUAACGUUGACUGUUCGCUAGACCAGUUGGUAACUCAAUACUAUAAAGCUUUGAUUAUUUGAAUCAGCUGUGUAGCGUUGGGACGACAAGUAAACCAGUUCGUUUGUACGGGAACGACACGUUUUCCCAAAACGUUUGUGAACAGACUUGUUUGGUUCGGUGGGUGUAGCGGGUUUGGCAUGAAGCAGUGGCUGACGUGUUUAAAGGCAAGCUGUGCAUUUUGAACCCACAACCCGUCUCCGUUUUUCAACUGGUCGUUCAGUACAUCACCGUUUCUGUUAAUUGAACGUUAUGUUAUGUACUGAACGCAGCCCAGGACCGAGUUUAGCUACACUCAUCCAGACUAGCUACCUCUGGAAAAGCCUGCUUAUGGUUUCCGUGGAUUACAUUUGCAGACGUUUUGCUCCAUGUGAACUACAAUUCAAACCGGUUUUCGAAACAUAUGCAGAUUAUGUCCCUUAUCUUUCAUAUCAGCGAGAAAUAAUAUUUUAAAUACAAAAAAUAUUAACUUUAGCAGUUUUGCACAGAUCCACAAUCUGCGAGUGCCUCCAGUUGACGAACUACACUUCCUCCCCAGUGAAAGGCUCUGCAUGGUCAAUCUGAGGUCUGAAGUGGCAGUACAAUAAUUACUGCAAUGCAGCCUCCACAGACUUUAGGGCUUUCAUACUCCUUCCGUUUAGCUGAGCAGAGCUGUUGUGAAGGAAGUUGUCAAAGAAGUGAGUUUGUGUUCAUACAGGACGUACCGCCCCCAACCUACCGUCAGCCAAUCAUGUCAAUGCGGAGCCCUCCAGAUUGUUACAACAUUUGAGAGGCGCACGGCGAUGCGGUACGGAGCUAGAUUUGGCCUCUGCAUGCACCGCAAUUCCAAAUCAAAUCAAAUUUUAUUGGUCACAUGCGCCGAAUACAACAGGUGCAGACAUUACAGUGAAAUGCUUACUUACAGCCCUUAACCAACAGUGCAUUUAUUUUUAACAAAAAAAGUAAAAAAUAAAACAAAAAAAGUGUUGAGAAAAAAAAGAGCAGAAGUAAAAUAACAGUAGGGAGGCUAUAUAUACAGGGGGGUACCGGUGCAGAGUCAAUGUGCGGGGGCACCGGCUAGUUGAGGUAGUUGAAGUAAUAUGUACAUGUGGGUAGAGUUAAAGUGACUAUGCAUAAAUAAUUAACAGAGUAGCAGCAGCUUAAAAAGGAUGGGGUGGGGGGGCAGUGCAAAUAGUCCGGGUAGCCAUGAUUAGCUGUUCAAGAGUCUUAUGGCUUGGGGAUAGAAGCUGUUGAGAAGUCUUUUGGACCUAGACUUGGCACUCCGGUACCGCUUGCCGUGCGGUAGCAGAGAGAACAGUCUAUGACUAGGGUGGCUGGAGUCUUUGACAAUUUUGAGGGCCUUCCUCUGACACCGCCUGGUAUAGAGGUCCUGGAUGGCAGGAAGCUUGGCCCCAGUGAUGUACUGGGCCGUACGCACUACUCUCUGUAGUGCCUUGCGGUCGGAGGCCAAGCAGUUGCCAUACCAGGCGGUGAUGCAACCAGUCAGGAUGCUCUCGAUGGUGCAGCUGUAGAAUUUUUUGAGGAUCUGAGGACCCAUGCCAAAUCUUUUCAGUCUCCUGAGGGGGAAUAGGCUUUGUCGUGCCCUCUUCACGACUGUCUUGGUGUGUUUGGACCAUGAUAGUUCGUUGGUGAUGUUGACACCAAGGAACUUGAAGCUCCACCUUCCAUACGAAGGUCCGACCACAUUUCGGAUCAAGAAUAAAUUGGCUUUACGCUUACACACAGGUGUUCGGAAUACGCUAGAUGUCUCGUCAAAUCUAAAUCCAAUUGUAUUGGUCACAUGCCGAAUACAACUGGUGUAGACUUUAACGUGAAAUGCUUGCUUACGAGCCCAUUCCCAACAAUGCAGAGUUAAAAAGUAAGAAAAAUAUGUCGAGGAAAAAACAAGGAAAUAGUAACACAAUAAAAUAACAAUAACGAGGCUAUAUACAGGGAGUACCAGUACCGAGUCAAUGUGUAGGGGUACCAGGUAGUUGAGGUAAUAUGUAUAUGUAGGUAGGGGUAAAAGAGACUAGUCAAUCAGGAUAGAUAAUAAACAGAGUAGCAGCAGUGUUGGUAGUUGAGGUAAUAUGUACAUAAUAAUAUAAUAAUAAUAAUAUAAUAUGCCAUUUAGCAGACGCUUUUAUCCAAAGCGACUUACAGUCAUGUGUGCAUACAUUUUUGUGUAUGGGUGGUCCCGGGGAUCGAACCCACUACCCUGGCGUUACAAGCGCCGUGCUCUACCAGCUGAGCUACAGAGGACCACAUGUAGGUAGGGGUAAAAGUGACUAGUCAAUCAGGAUAGAUAAUAAACAGAGUAGCAGCAGUGUUGGUAGUUGAGGUAAUAUGUACAUGUAGGUAGGGGUAAAAGUGACUAGUCAAUCAGGAUAGAUAAUAAACAGAGUAGCAGCAGUGUUGGUAGUUGAGGUAAUAUGUACAUGUAGGUAGGGGUAAAAGAGACUAGGCAAUCAGGAUAGAUAAUAAACAGAGUAGCAGCAGCGUAUGUGUGUGUGUUGGAUUGUCAGUGUAGUGAGUGUGUGGGUAGAGCCCAGUGAGUGUGCAUAGAGCUAGUGCAAGAGAGUCAGCGCAAAAUAAAAUAAAGGGGGUCAAUGUAAAUAGUCCAGGUGGCCAUUUGAUUAACUGUUCAGCAGUCUUAUGGCUUAGGGGUAGAAGCUGUUCAGGAGCCUUUUGGUCAUGCAGUAGAAGAGAGAACAGUCUAUGACUUGGGUGGCUGAAGUCUUUGACAGUCAUUAGCACAGGUGGCUGCCUAUGUCUUCUAUAAACAUGGAGAAAUGGCCGUGUGGGAACACCAACCCUAUAAAGGUGUGUAGUAAUUUAACCUAUUUAUUUAUUUAUUUAUUUAUAAUUUCUCACUGAUCUGAAAGAUACGUUCCUUAUGUUUCCAAAACCACAAGCGAUGAGUGUUUUUAUUUAGAGCAAGAGUCGGGGGGGGGUUGGGCUCUUCACAAAACUUCCUCGGUCAGAAGAUACUUUCGUCAAAAUGCGCUAAAGCAGUUAGCCCCAUUUAAUAGACGCUAGCUAACACAUUAUCCAACAACAUCCUCUUUUCAGGUCAUCUGGUUCGGCCGUUGGAAGCCAACGAUGCCAUGCCGAAGAAGAUUCGAGCAAUACAGUUCCUCACCAGGAUAAAUGAUGGUGACAAACUCGGUGAGAAUUUUGAGCUAAACUUUAAGUAACUUGCUAGCUAGCUAGCUAGGUAACAACACUAGCUAGGUAACAACACUAGCUAGGUAACAACACUAGCUAGGUAACAACACUAGCUAGGUAACAACACUAGCUACGUAACAACACUAGCUAGGUAACAACACUAGCUAGGUAACAACACUAGCUAGGUAACAACACUAGCUAGGUAACAACACUAGCUAGGUAACAACACUAGCUACGUAACAACUCUAGCUACGUAACAACACAACACUAGCUAGGUAACAACACUAGCUACGUAACAACACUAGCUAGGUAACAACACUAGCUAGGUAACAACACUAGCUAGGUAACAACACUAGCUAGGUAACAACACUAGCUAGGUAACAACACUAGCUACGUAACAACUCUAGCUACGUAACAACACAACACUAGCUAGGUAACAACACUAGCUAGGUAACAACACUAGCUACGUAACAACACUAGCUAGGUAACAACACUAGCUAGGUAACAACACUAGCUAGGUAACAACACUAGCUACGUAACAACACUAGCUAGGUAACAACACUAGCUAGGUAACAACACUAGCUAGGUAACAACACUAGCUACGUAACAACACUAGCUACGUAACAACACUAGCUACGUAACAACACUAGCUACGUAACAACACUAGCUAGGUAACAACUCUAGCUACGUAACAACACUAGCUAGGUAACAACGCUAGCUAGGUAACAACACUAGCUAGGUAACAACACUAGCUAGGUAACAACACUAGCUAGGUAACAACACUAGCUAGGUAACAACACUAGCUAGGUAACAACACUAGCUACGUAACAACUCUAGCUACGUAACAACACAACACUAGCUAGGUAACAACACUAGCUAGGUAACAACACUAGCUAGGUAACAACACUAGCUAGGUAACAACACUAGCUAGGUAACAACUCUAGCUACGUAACAACUCUAGCUACGUAACAACGCUAGCUACGUAACAACGCUAGCUACGUAACAACGCUAGCUAGGUAACAACGCUAGCUAGGUAACAACGCUAGCUAGGUAACAACGCUAGCUAGGUAACAACGCUAGCUAGGUAACAACACUAGCUAGGUAACGGUAUGAACUAAUAUUCAUUCCCAUGUUGAAAAUCAGAGACACCUGAAAUGUGACCCCAGGUGCCACAAUCUGCUGUUCCCUAUAGCUAGCUAGCUAGCUAGCUGUGUCUUUGAAAUCAAGUCUAAGAUCACUGACACAGUUGAUCUCUUGCCGUCCACAGACUGAUCACUGACACAGUUGAUCUCUUGCCGUCCACAGACUGAUCACUGACACAGUUGAUCUCUUGCCGUCCACAGACUUCUCGUUUGAAUCUCAGGAGUUCCUCACUCCGCUGGAGUCUGCUAUGAGUGUAUUGGACAGCAUCAGCGAGGAGUUGACAGUUCCCCAGAAAGACCUGGAGCGAGUACACAAGUCUAUCAGAGAGAUGGUGAGAUCUGGCCCCACUGUGUAUAAUCAUUGAAUGGUCCCCUGUUGAAACCCUAAACACUGUUGUGAUUUUUCAUGUCAUCCCUGUCCAACAUUAUACGAUGGGCUUCGGAGUGGCUAUAGAGGGAGGACACAGUGUACUGUGGUCAAUGACAUUCUGCGUUAUACUGAAUUGCACAACUAUUUGCCCAUUCAUGUCUUCCCCUUGUCAUUCUGUUGUGAUUGUCUUUUGCCGCGUUGUGCAUUCUUACAUCAGUCUUGCAUUCAACCUUGUUUUGUUUUGCUCUGUAGUUGGUGAUGGUGUGCAUUAAGAACAAAGCGUUUGACAAAGCCAAGGAGGUUUUGACGAAAUACUUCCCAAAAGGCAUGGUUGGAAAGGUGAGCUAACUGAUAACUCCUAAAGAGAUGAUGGCAACUAUACGAACAGGACAUAGAGGCAUUUAGAACCAUCUGUCUUUUAACCCGAGGGACAGGACAGAGGCAUUUAGACCCAUCUGUCUUUUAACCUGAGGGACAGGACAGAGGCAUUUAGACCCAUCUGUCUUUUAACCCGAGGGACAGGACAGAGGCAUUUAGACCCAUCUGUCUUUUAACCCGAGGGACAGGACAGAGGCAUUUAGACCCAUCUGUCUUUUAACCUGAGGAACAGGACAGAGGCAUUUAGACCCAUCUGUCUUUUAACCUGAGGGACAGGACAAAGAGGCAUUUAGACCCAUCUGUCUUUUAACCCGAGGGACAGGACAGAGGCAUUUAGACCCAUCUGUCUUUUAACCCGAGGGACAGGACAGAGGCAUUUAGACCCAUCUGUCUUUUAACCCGAGGGACAGGACAGAGGCAUUUAGACCCAUCUGUCUUUUAACCGGAGGAACAGGACAGAGGCAUUUAGACCCAUCUGUCUUUCAACCUGAGGGACAGGAUAGAGGCAUUUAGACCCAUCUGUCUUUUAACCCGAGGGACAGGACAGAGGCAUUAAGACCCAUCUGUCUUUUAACCUGAGGGACAGGACAGAGGCAUUUAGACCCAUCUGUCUUUUAACCCGAGGGACAGGACAUAGAGGCAUUUAGACCCAUCUGUCUUUUAACCCGAGGGACAGGACAGAGGCAUUUAGACCCAUCUGUCUUUUAACCUGAGGGACAGGACAGAGGCAUUUAGACCCAUCUGUCUUUUAACCGGAGGGACAGGACCGAGGCAUUUAGACCCAUCUGUCUUUUAACCCGAGGGACAGGACAGAGGCAUUUAGACCCAUCUGUCUUUUAACCUGAGGGACAGGACAGAGGCAUUUAGACCCAUCUGUCUUUUAACCCGAGGGACAGGACAGAGGCAUUUAGACCCAUCUGUCUUUUAACCCGAGGGACAGGACAGAGGCAUUUAGACCCAUCUGUCUUUUAACCCGAGGGACAGGACAGAGGCAUUUAGACCCAUCUGUCUUUUAACCAGAGGGACAGGACAGAGGCAUUUAGACCCAUCUGUCUUUUAACCUGAGGGACAGGACAGAGGCAUUUAGACCCAUCUGUCUUUUAACCCGAGGGACAGGACAGAGGCAUUUAGACCCAUCUGUCUUUUAACCCGAGGGACAGGACAGAGGCAUUUAGACCCAUCUGUCUUUUAACCUGAGGAACAGGACAGAGGCAUUUAGACCCAUCUGUCUUUUAACCUGAGGGACAGGACAAAGAGGCAUUUAGACCCAUCUGUCUUUUAACCCGAGGGACAGGACAGAGGCAUUUAGACCCAUCUGUCUUUUAUCCCGAGGGACAGGACAGAGGCAUUUAGACCCAUCUGUCUUUUAACCCGAGGGACAGGACAGAGGCAUUUAGACCCAUCUGUCUUUUAACCAGAGGGACAGGACAGAGGCAUUUAGACCCAUCUGUCUUUUAACCUGAGGGACAGGACAGAGGCAUUUAGACCCAUCUGUCUUUUAACCCGAGGGACAGGACAGAGGCAUUUAGACCCAUCUGUCUUUUAACCCGAGGGACAGGACAGAGGCAUUUAGACCCAUCUGUCUUUUAACCCGAGGGACAGGACAGAGGCAUUUAGACCCAUCUGUCUUUUAACCCGAGGGACAGGACAGAGGCAUUUAGACCCAUCUGUCUUUUAACCCGAGGGACAGGACAGAGGCAUUUAGACCCAUCUGUCUUUUAACCCGAGGGACAGGACAGAGGCAUUUAGACCCAUCUGUCUUUUAACCCGAGGGACAGGACAGAGGCAUUUAGACCCAUCUGUCUUUUAACCCGAGGGACAGGACAGAGGCAUUUAGACCCAUCUGUCUUUUAACCCGAGGGACAGGACAGAGGCAUUUAGACCCAUCUGUCUUUUAACCCGAGGGACAGGACAUAGAGGCAUUUAGACCCAUCUGUCUUUUAACCCGAGGGACAGGACAGAGGCAUUUAGACCCAUCUGUCUUUUAACCCGAGGGACAGGACAGAGGCAUUUAGACCCAUCUGUCUUUUAACCUGAGGUCAUCAUGCAUUUACACAAGUUAUCAUAACCCUUAGGAAAUGAAGUGUGACUCCCAAAUGGCACCCUAUUCCCUAUAUAAUGCAAUACUUUUGAUCAGAGCCAUGUGGGGGCCUGGUAAAGUAGUGCACUAGAGAAUAUAGUGCCAUUUGGGAUGUUGAGGCUGGUGCAGGGUAACGUCAUUAGAGGCUGGUGCAGGGUAACGUCGUUAGAGGCUGAUGCAGGGUAACGUCGUUAGAGGCUGGUGCAGGGUAACGUCGUUAGAGGCUGGUGCAGGGUAACGUCGUCAGAGGCUGAUGCAGGGUAACGUCGUUAGAGGCUGGUGCAGGGUAACGUCGUUAGAGGCUGAUGCAGGGUAACGUCGUUAGAGGCUGAUGCAGGGUAACGUUGUUAGAGGCUGAUGCAGGGUAACGUCGUUAGAGGCUGAUGCAGGGUAACGUCGUUAGAGGCUGAUGCAGGGUAACGUCGUCAGAGGCUGAUGCAGGGUAACGUCAUUAGAGGCUGGUGCAGGGUAACGUCGUUAGAGGCUGAUGCAGGGUAACGUCGUUAGAGGCUGAUGCAGGGUAACGUCGUUAGAGGCUGAUGGCAGGGUAACGUCGUUAGAGGCUGGUGCAGGGUAACGUCGUUAGAGGCUGAUGCAGGGUAACGUCGUUAGAGGCUGGUGCAGGGUAACGUCGUUAGAGGCUGAUGCAGGGUAACGUCGUAGAGGCUGAUGCAGGGUAACGUCGUUAGAGGCUGGUGCAGGGUAACGUCGUUAGAGGCUGAUGCAGGGUAACGUCGUUAGAGGCUGAUGCAAGGGGUAACGUCGUUAGAGGCUGAGUGUCUAGGGUAAGUCGUAGAGGCUGAUGCAGGGUAACGUCGUUAGAGGCUGGUGCAGGGUAACGUCGUUAGAGGCUGAUGCAGGGUAACGUCGUUAGAGGCUGAUGCAGGGUAACGUCGUUAGAGGCUGGUGCAGGGUAACGUCGUGAGGCUGUGCAGGGUAACGUCGUUAGAGGCUGGUAGCAGGGUAACGUCGUUAGAGGCUGGUGCAGGGUAACGUCGUUAGAGGCUGGUGCAGGGUAACGUCAUUAGAGGCUGAUGCAGGGUAACGUCGUUAGAGGCUGGUGCAGGGUAACGUCGUUAGAGGCUGAUGCAGGGUAACGUCGUUAGAGGCUGAUGCAGGGUAACGUCGUUAGAGGCUGGUGCAGGGUAACGUCGUCAGAGGCUGGUGCAGGGUAACGUCGUUAGAGACUGAUGCAGGGUAACGUCGUUAGAGGCUGAUGCAGGGUAACGUCGUUAGAGGCUGAUGCAGGGUAACGUCGUCAGAGGCUGAUGCAGGGUAACGUCAUUAGAGGCUGAUGCAGGGUAACGUCGUUAGAGGCUGGUGCAGGGUAACGUCGUCAGAGGCUGGUGCAGGGUAACGUCAUUAGAGGCUGAUGCAGGGUAACGUCGUCAGAGGCUGAUGCAGGGUAACGUCGUUAGAGGCUGGGUAACGUCGUUAGAGGCUGAUGCAGGGUAACGUCGUCAGAGGCUGGGUAACGUCGUUAGAGGCUGAUGCAGGGUAACGUCGUUAGAGGCUGAUGCAGGGUAACGUCGUUAGAGGCUGAUGCAGGGUAACGUCGUUAGAGGCUGAUGCAGGGUAACGUCGUCAGAGGCUGGGUAACGUCGUUAGAGGCUGAUGCAGGGUAACGUCGUUAGAGGCUGGUGCGGGGUAACGUCGUUAGAGGCUGAUGCAGGGUAACGUCGUCAGAGGCUGGGUAACGUCGUUAGAGGCUGAUGCAGGGUAACGUCGUUAGAGGCUGGGUAACGUCGUUAGAGGCUGGUGCAGGGUAACGUCGUUAGAGGCUGAUGCAGGGUAACGUCGUUAGAGGCUGAUGCAGGGUAACGUCGUUAGAGGCUGAUGCAGGGUAACGUCGUUAGAGGCUGGUGCAGGGUAACGUCGUCAGAGGCUGGUGCAGGGUAACGUCGUCAGAGGCUGAUGCAGGGUAACGUCGUUAGAGGCUGGUGCAGGGUAACGUCGUUAGAGGCUGAUGCAGGGUAACGUCGUUAGAGGCUGGUGCAGGGUAACGUCGUCAGAGGCUGGGUAACGUUGUUAGAGGCUGGUGCAGGGUAACGUCGUUAGAGGCUGAUGCAGGGUAACGUCGUUAGAGGCUGGUGCAGGGUAACGUCGUUAGAGGCUGGUGCAGGGUAACGUCGUUAGAGGCUGGGUAACGUCGUUAGAGGCUUGGGUUAACGUCGUUAGAGCUGGUGCAGGGUAACGUCGUUAGAGGCUGAUGCAGGGUAACGUCGUUAGAGGCUGAUGCAGGGUAACGUCGUUAGAGGCUGAUGCAGGGUAACGUCGUUAGAGGCUAAUGCAGGGUAACGUCGUUAGAGGCAUGGUGCAGGGUAACGUCGUUAGAGGCUGAUGCAGGGUAACGUCGUCGAGAGGCUGAUGCAGGGUAACGUCGUAGAGGGCUGGUGCAGGGUACGUCGUAGAGGCCUGGUCGGGUCACGUCGUUAGAGGCUGAAUGCAGGGUAACGUCGUUAGAGAGCCUGAUGCGGGGUAACGUCGUAGAGGCUGGUGCAGGGGUAACGUCGUUAGAGGCUGAUGCAGGGUAACGUCGUUAGAGGCUGUGCAGGGUAACGUCGUUAGAGGCUGGAAUGCAGGGUAACGUCGUUAGAGGCUGAUGCAGGGUAACGUCGUUAGAGGCUGAUGCAGGGGUAACGUCGUUAGAGGCUGGUGCAGGGUAACGUCGUUAGAGGCUGAUGCAGGGUAACGUCGUUAGAGGCUGGUGCAGGGUAACUGUAGAGGCUGAUGCAGGGAAGGACUAGGGGGUGCAGGGUAACGUCGUUAGAGGCUGAUGCAGGGUAACGUCGUUAGAGGCUGAUGCAGGGUAACGUCGUUAGAGGCUGAUGCAGGGUAACGUCGUUAGAGGCUGGUGCAGGGUAACGUCGUUAGAGGCUGGUGCAGGGUAACGUCGUCAGAGGCUGGUGCAGGGUAACGUCGUUAGAGGCUGAUGCAGGGUAACGUCGUCAGAGGCUGAUGCAGGGUAACGUCGUUAGAGGCUGAUGCAGGGUAACGUCGUUAGAGGCUGAUGCAGGGUAACAUCGUUAGAGGCUGAUGCAGGGUAACGUCGUCAGAGGCUGAUGCAGGGUAACGUCGUCAGAGGCUGAUGCAGGGUAACGUCGUUAGAGGCUGAUGCAGGGUAACGUCGUCAGAGGCUAAUGCAGGGUAACGUCGUCAGAGGCUAAUGCAGGGUAACGUCGUCAGAGGCUGAUGCAGGGUAACGUCGUUAGAGGCUGGUGCAGGGUAACGUCGUCAGAGGCUAAUGCAGGGUAACGUCGUUAGAGGCUGGGUAACGUCGUUAGAGGCUGGUGCAGGGUAACGUCGUUAGAGGCUGGUGCAGGGUAACGUUGUCAGAGGCUGGUGCAGGGUAACGUCGUUAGAGGCUGAUGCAGGGUAACGUCGUCAGAGGCUGAUGCAGGGUAACGUCGUUAGAGGCUGAUGCAGGGUAACGUCGUUAGAGGCUAAUGCAGGGUAACGUCAUUAGAGGCUGAUGCAGGGUAACGUCGUUAGAGGCUAAUGCAGGGUAACGUCGUUAGAGGCUAAUGCAGGGUAACGUCGUUAGAGGCUGAUGCAGGGUAACGUCGUUAGAGGCUGAUGCAGGGUAACGUCGUCAGAGGCUGGGUAACGUCGUCAGAGGCUGAUGCAGGGUAACGUCGUCAGAGGCUGAUGAAGGGUAACGUCGUUAGAGGCUGGGUAACGUCGUCAGAGGCUGAUGCAGGGUAACGUCGUCAGAGGCUGAUGCAGGGUAACAUCGUUAGAGGCUAAUGCAGGGUAACGUCGUUAGAGGCUGAUGCAGGGUAAUGUCGUUAGAGGAUGGUGCAGGGUAACGUCGUCAGAGGCUAAUGCAGGGUAACGUCGUUAGAGGCUGAUGCAGGGUAACGUCGUUAGAGGCUGGUGCAGGGUAACGUCGUUAGAGGCUGGUGCAGGGUAACGUCGUUAGAGGCUGAUGCAGGGUAACGUCGUUAGAGGCUAAUGCAGGGUAACGUCGUUAGAGGCUGGUGCAGGGUAACGUCGUUAGAGGCUGGUGCAGGGUAACGUCGUUAGAGGCUAAUGCAGGGUAACGUCGUUAGAGGCUAAUGCAGGGUAAUGUGUCCUCCAGAAAGCGAUCUUCCUGGGGCUGGUCAACAAGAGGAGCAGUGAGCAUUCAGUCCUGCAGCAGGUCACCUACCAGCAGUUUAAACAAGAGAUGCUGCAGUUCUGUGAAAGCCUGUUCACCUACUCUCCUCCUUUCCUGUGCAGGGUAUGUAUGUAUUGUAUUCCCUCAGGGACACUCUGUCUGUGUCCCCAAUGGCUCCCCUUUCCCUAUAUAGGGUACUGCUUUUGACCAGGGUCAAUAGGGGGGCCGUUGGGGACACAGCUUCUAAGUACAUGCUGAGGAACAUGUUGUUUUAACUGUUUGGGCUGAUGUCUCAGUACUUAUUCAGUUGUACUGUAUCUAACUAAAGACACACUGGGAGCUCUCUGUCUCCCAGAACCCACUGCUCCUAACCCGAACUGAGGAGAUCUGUCUGUGUGAAUACCAGGCUGCCAGACAGCUGAUGGUGAAGAGACAGGAGGCAGGACAGGAUGCGGAGGAAGGAGACUGUCCCUCAGUCCCUCAGCCAGAGGACCAGCUUGGACCAGUAACACAGGACAACACAUCCAGACACAAACCCAGGUAGCCUCAUGGAUCCAAUGUCAAUCAAUCAAAGUAAAUGUAUUUUAUAAAGCCCUUUUACCUCAGGUAUUGUGAUGCCAUGCUUUCCAGUUACCUAGCCUAGACUCCGAAGGUCAUUGGGCCCCACCACCACAGUGUGUGGAGAUGCAGGGAGCUUCAACAGUAUUGGGACAGUGACACCAUUGUUUGUUUUGGCUCUGUACUUGUUGGAUGCAUUUGCCGAUACUCCCAAUACCGUUUGGAGCUCAAUGUAGUCGACCACUUGAUUUUGAAUACUUUAAAUUAAAGUACAACCUUCAUAACGCUCUUCCUUCAAGUAAUCACCAAUCUGUGUGUUCAGUUGUUUGCCAUCGUAUGGCUGUGAUCCAGUAAAACCGUGUCAGACGACACGAUGCCGUUCAUUAGUAUUGGAACACCUGGGUCGUGUUCAUUAGGCACCAAAUGGAAGAACACUGACUGAAACACGGAGGGACUGUUUGGACUUGUCCAAUAAGAAACGCUCGUUUUUGUUUUCCGUUGCAUAAGAUUUUCCUCUGGUGUGCCCUAAUGAAUAUGACCCUAUCUUGAUCUCUCCCUCCAGUCCUCUGUCUAAACUACCUGACUGUCCCUCCAGUCCUCUGUCUAAACUACCUGACUCUGUCCAUCCAGUCCUCUGUCUAAACUACCUGACUCUGUCCCUCCAGUCCUCUGUCUAAACUGCCUGACUCUGUCCCUCCAGUCCUCUGUUUAAACUACCUGGCUCUGUCCCUCCAGUCCUCUGUCUAAACAGCCUGACUCUGUCCCUCCAGUCCUCUGUCUAAACAGCCUGGCUCUGUCCCUCCAGUCCUCUGUCUAAACAGCCUGGCUCUGUCCCUCCAGUCCUCUGUCUAAACUGCCUGACUCUGUCCCUCCAGUCCUCUGUCUAAACAGCCUGACUCUGUCCCUCCAGUCCUCCUUGUCCUUCCUGUCUAAACAGCCUGACUCUGUCCCUCCAGUCCUCUGUCUAAACUACCUGACUCUGUCCCUCCAGUCCUCUGUCUAAACUGCCUAACACUGUCCCUCCAGUCCUCUGUCUAAACAGCCUGGCUCUGUCCCUCCAGUCCUCUGUCUAAACUACCUGACUCUGUCCCUCCAGUCCUCUGUCUAAACAGCCUGACUCUGUCCCUCCAGUCCUCUGUCUAAACUGCCUGACUCUGUCCCUCCAGUCCUCUGUCUAAACAGCCUGACUCUGUCCCUCCAGUCCUCUGUCUAAACAGCCUGACUCUGUCCCUCCAGUCCUCUGUCUAAACAGCCUGACUCUGUCCCUCCAGUCCUCUGUCUAAACAGCCUGACUCUGUCCCUCCAGUCCUCUGUCUAAACAGCCUGACUCUGUCCCUCCAGUCCUCCCAGUGCACCCCCUGGUGGCGUCCGGCUGACCCGCAGCCGGCUGAAGGCCGUUUAUACAGCCCUGGCCGAGGAGCUGAGGGAGCCCAUGACCUUUGCAGAGCUGGAGGAGGUGGUGGAAAGGGAGGUGAUGGAGGAGAACGCAGGAAAACGAGAUGCUGUUGUGGACCAAGAGGAACCCGUCCUGCAUCUCUCCGGAAGCCCCAGGUUGUCAAUCAUAUCACUACCCUGCUGCUUCCUGUCCUAUGGUAGCCUGGUUACCAGUCAAUCACUACCCUGCUGCUUCCCUGUCCUAUGGUAGCCGGGUACCAUCAUAUCACUAACUAACCCUGUGCUUCUUUCCUGUCCUAUAGUAGCCUUGGUUACCGUCAUAUCACUACCCUGCUGCUUCCGUCCUAUGGUAGCUGUUACCAGUCAUAUCACUACCCUGCUGCUUCCUGUCCUAUGGUAGCCUGGUUACCAGUCAUAUCACUACCCUGCUGCUUCCUGUCCUAUGGUAGCCUGGUUACCAGUCAUAUCACUACGCUGCUGCUUCCUGUCCUAUGGUAGCCUGGUUACCAGUCAUAUCACUACCCUGCUGCUUCCUGUCCUAUGGUAGCCUGGUUACCAGUCAUAUCACUACCCUGCUGCUUCCUGUCCUAUGGUAGCCUGGUUACCAGUCAUAUCACUACCCUGCUGCUUCCUGUCCUAUGGUAGCCUGGUUACCAGUCAUAUCACUACCCUGCUGCUUCCUGUCCUAUGGUAGCCUGGUUACCAGUCAUAUCACUACCCUGCUGCUUCCUGUCCUAUGGUAGCCUGGUUACCAGUCAUAUCACUACCCUGCUGCUUCCUGUCCUAUGGUAGCCUGGUUACCAGUCAUAUCACUACCCUGCUGCUUCCUGUCCUAUGGUAGCCUGGUUACCAGUCAUAUCACUACCCUGCUGCUUCCUGUCCUAUGGUAGCCUGGUUACCAGUCAUAUCACUACCCUGCUGCUUCCUGUCCUAUGGUAGCCUGGUUACCAGUCAUAUCACUACCCCUGCUGCUUCCUGUCCUAUGGUAGCCUGGGUUACCAGUCAUAUCACUACCCUGCUGCUUCCUGUCCUAUGGUAGCCUGGUUACCAGUCAUAUCCCCCCCAUCACUACCACACUACCCUGCUGCUUCCUGUCCUAUGGUAGCCUGGUUACCAGUCAUAUCACUACCCUGCUGCUUCCUGUCCUAUGGUAGCCUGGUUACCAGUCAUAUCACUACCCUGCUGCUUCCUGUCCUAUGGUAGCCUGGUUACCAGUCAUAUCACUACCCUGCUGCUUCCUGUCCUAUGGUAGCCUGGUUACCAGUCAUAUCACUACCCUGCUGCUUCCUGUCCUAUGGUAGCCUGGUUACCAGUCAUAUCACUACCCUGCUGCUUCCUGUCCUAUGGUAGCCUGGUUACCAGUCAUAUCACUACCCUGCUGCUUCCUGUCCUAUGGUAGCCUGGUUACCAGUCAUAUCACUACCCUGCUGCUUCCUGUCCUAUGGUAGCCUGGUUACCAGUCAUAUCACUACCCUGCUGCUUCCUGUCCUAUGGUAGCCUGGUUACCAGUCAUAUCACUACCCUGCUGCUUCCUGUCCUAUGGUAGCCUGGUUACCAGUCAUAUCACUACCCUGCUGCUUCCUGUCCUAUGGUAGCCUGGUUACCAGUCAUAUCACUACCCUGCUGCUUCCUGUCCUAUGGUAGCCUGGUUACCAGUCAUAUCACUACCCUGCUGCUUCCUGUCCUAUGGUAGCCUGGUUACCAGUCAUAUCACUACCCUGCUGCUUCCUGUCCUAUGGUAGCCUGGUUACCAGUCAUAUCACUACCCUGCUGCUUCCUGUCCUAUGGUAGCCUGGUUACCAGUCAUAUCACUACCCUGCUGCUUCCUGUCCUAUGGUAGCCUGGUUACCAGUCAUAUCACUACCCUGCUGCUUCCUGUCCUAUGGUAGCCUGGUUACCAGUCAUAUCACUACCCUGCUGCUUCCUGUCCUAUGGUAGCCUGGUUACCAGUCAUAUCACUACCCUGCUGCUUCCUGUCCUAUGGUAGCCUGGUUACCAGUCAUAUCACUACCCUGCUGCUUCCUGUCCUAUGGUAGCCUGGUUACCAGUCAUAUCACUACCCUGCUGCUUCCUGUCCUAUGGUAGCCUGGUUACCAGUCAUAUCACUACCCUGCUGCUUCCUGUCCUAUGGUAGCCUGGUUACCAGUCAUAUCACUACCCUGCUGCUUCCUGUCCUAUGGUAGCCUGGUUACCAGUCAUAUCACUACCCUGCUGCUUCCUGUCCUAUGGUAGCCUGGUUACCAGUCAUAUCACUACCCUGCUGCUUCCUGUCCUAUGGUAGCCUGGUUACCAGUCAUAUCACUACCCUGCUGCUUCCUGUCCUAUGGUAGCCUGGUUACCAGUCAUAUCACUACCCUGCUGCUUCCUGUCCUAUGGUAGCCUGGUUACCAGUCAUAUCACUACCCUGCUGCUUCCUGUCCUAUGGUAGCCUGGUUACCAGUCAUAUCACUACCCUGCUGCUUCCUGUCCUAUAGUAGCCUGGUUACCAGUCAUAUCACUACCCUGCUGCUUCCUGUCCUAUGGUAGCCUGGUUACCAGUCAUAUCACUACCCUGCUGCUUCCUGUCCUAUGGUAGCCUGGGUACCAGUCAUAUCACUACCCUGCUGCUUCCUGUCCUAUGGUAGCCUGGGUACCAGUCAUAUCACUACCCUGCUGCUUCCUGUCCUAUGGUAGCCUGGUUACCAGUCAUAUCACUACCCUGCUGCUUCCUGUCCUAUGGUAGCCUGGUUACCAGUCAUAUCACUACCCUGCUGCUUCCUGUCCUAUGGUAGCCUGGUUACCAGUCAUAUCACUACCCUGCUGCUUCCUGUCCUAUGGUAGCCUGGUUACCAGUCAUAUCACUACCCUGCUGCUUCCUGUCCUAUGGUAGCCUGGUUACCAGUCAUAUCACUACCCUGCUGCUUCCUGUCCUAUGGUAGCCUGGUUACCAGUCAUAUCACUACCCUGCUGCUUCCUGUCCUAUGGUAGCCUGGUUACCAGUCAUAUCACUACCCUGCUGCUUCCUGUCCUAUGGUAGCCUGGUUACCAGUCAUAUCACUACCCUGCUGCUUCCUGUCCUAUGGUAGCCUGGUACCAGUCAUAUCACUACCCUGCUGCUUCCUGUCCUAUGGUAGCCUGGUUACCAGUCAUAUCACUACCCUGCUGCUUCCUGUCCUAUGGUAGCCUGGUUACCAGUCAUAUCACUACCCUGCUGCUUCCUGUCCUAUGGUAGCCUGGUUACCAGUCAUAUCACUACCCUGCUGCUUCCUGUCCUAUGGUAGCCUGGUUACCAGUCAUAUCACUACCCUGCUGCUUCCUGUCCUAUGGUAGCCUGGUUACCAGUCAUAUCACUACCCUGCUGCUUCCUGUCCUAUGGUAGCCUGGUUACCAGUCAUAUCACUACCCUGCUGCUUCCUGUCCUAUGGUAGCCUGGUUACCAGUCAUAUCACUACCCUGCUGCUUCCUGUCCUAUGGUAGCCUGGUUACCAGUCAUAUCACUACCCUGCUGCUUCCUGUCCUAUGGUAGCCUGGUUACCAGUCAUAUCACUACCCUGCUGCUUCCUGUCCUAUGGUAGCCUGGUUACCAGUCAUAUCACUACCCUGCUGCUUCCUGUCCUAUGGUAGCCUGGUUACCAGUCAUAUCACUACCCUGCUGCUUCCUGUCCUAUGGUAGCCUGGUUACCAGUCAUAUCACUACCCUGCUGCUUCCUGUCCUAUGGUAGCCUGGUUACCAGUCAUAUCACUACCCUGCUGCUUCCUGUCCUAUGGUAGCCUGGUUACCAGUCAUAUCACUACCCUGCUGCUUCCUGUCCUAUGGUAGCCUGGUUACCAGUCAUAUCACUACCCUGCUGCUUCCUGUCCUAUGGUAGCCUGGUUACCAGUCAUAUCACUACCCUGCUGCUUCCUGUCCUAUGGUAGCCUGGUUACCAGUCAUAUCACUACCCUGCUGCUUCCUGUCCUAUGGUAGCCUGGUUACCAGUCAUAUCACUACCCUGCUGCUUCCUGUCCUAUGGUAGCCUGGUUACCAGUCAUAUCACUACCCUGCUGCUUCCUGUCCUAUGGUAGCCUGGUUACCAGUCAUAUCACUACCCUGCUGCUUCCUGUCCUAUGGUAGCCUGGUACCAGUCAUAUCACUACCCUGCUGCUUCCUGUCCUAUGGUAGCCUGGUUACCAGUCAUAUCACUACCCUGCUGCUUCCUGUCCUAUGGUAGCCUGGUUACCAGUCAUAUCACUACCCUGCUGCUUCCUGUCCUAUGGUAGCCUGGUUACCAGUCAUAUCACUACCCUGCUGCUUCCUGUCCUAUGGUAGCCUGGUUACCAGUCAUAUCACUACUGCUGCUUCCUGUCCUUGUAGCCUGGUACCAGUCAUAUCACUACCUGCUGCUUCCUGUCCUAUGGUAGCCUGGUUACCAGUCAUAUCACUACCCUGCUGCUUCCUGUCCUAUGGUAGCCUGGUUACCAGUCAUAUCACUACCCUGCUGCUUCCUGUCCUAUGGUAGCCUGGUUACCAGUCAUAUCACUACCCUGCUGCUUCCUGUCCUAUGGUAGCCUGGUUACCAGUCAUAUCACUACCCUGCUGCUUCCUGUCCUAUGGUAGCCUGGUUACCAGUCAUAUCACUACCCUGCUGCUUCCUGUCCUAUGGUAGCCUGGUUACCAGUCAUAUCACUACCCUGCUGCUUCCUGUCCUAUGGUAGCCUGGUUACCAGUCAUAUCACUACCCUGCUGCUUCCUGUCCUAUGGUAGCCUGGGUACCAGUCAUAUCACUACCCUGCUGCUUCCUGUCCUAUGGUAGCCUGGGUACCAGUCAUAUCACUACCCUGCUGCUUCCUGUCCUAUGGUAGCCUGGGUACCAUUCUGUUUAGUUAACAUUCCACUCCUUGUCAUGCCAAUCAUGUUUGGCAUGACAAGGAGUGGGAUGUUAUCCCAAACAGUGUGUAUUUCUCCAGGCUAGCCCUAUGGACUUCUCUGCUCCCCAGAUUGUAUAUAGUUUAAUGUUGUUGUUGAUGAUGUUCCCCUUCCUCCUCCGUUUCUCUGCCUCUUGUUUGUCUUUGUUAAAGUGUGUUGUGAGUGACCCCUGUUAAAUGCACUUUAACUGGAUCUGCCUUCACCCCCCAGGCAGGGCUCAGACGCUGUGCUGGAGCAGGAUGUCCCUGGGUCCCAGAGAGACUCGGGCAGUCCAAUGGAGGCCUCCCCUGCUGACCUGGCACCCCCAGCAGAUCUGGCACCAGAGGCAGGCCCACAGUGGAAGAGCAGAGGCUGGCCUUACACCAUAGCCAGGCUGGUUAUGGAGCCAGACAGCCAGGUAAGAGAAGAGAGUGAAGCAGCAUGGUUGAGGUUUUAAUGCAAAUGAGUUGUUAAAUCACUUGGUGGAUUGAUAAUGGUGAGGGAAGUGAGCAGGAGGGAUAAGGCUUUAAUGGAGUAAUUCAACUCAUGGCUUGAAUUUGAAUUAACUUCUUGAAUGACCUCAUCUUCUAACCCUGGUGUACAGGAUUCAUGACCUCAUCUUCUAACCCUGGUGUACAGGAUUCAUAACCUCAUCUUCUAAUCCCGGUGUACAGGAUUCAUGACCUCAUCUUCUAACCCCGGUGUACAGGAUUCAUGACCUCAUCUUCUAACCCUGGUGUACAGGAUUCAUGACCUCAUCUUCUAACCCUGGUGUACAGGAUUCAUGACCUCAUCUUCUAACCCUGGUGUACAGGAUUCAUGACCUCAUCUUCUAACCCUGGUGUACAGGAUUCUACGGCCUCUCUAGAGCAGCCUGUAGCUGAGAGGGAGGAGCCGGUAGCUGAGAGGGAGGAAUCGGUAUCCAACGGGGAGGAGUCAGUCAGCCGGGCGGACCCACUAAGCCCCGCCUCCACCUGCAGCCCACCCACACGGAAGUAUCGCAAACGACGAGCCAGAGAGAGAACCAUAGAGUAAGUCAAGAACAAGAAAACAAUGUCCAAUCCCGGAGCUCGAGUAAAUGACAUCACUAAGCUGCUCCCCAAUGUACUACGCCAGGACAUGGAAAUGGAUUCUAUCGUAGUCCAUGUGGGUUUUAAUGACAUUAUGAAGGGCAGCUCUGAACAGUUGAAACUGGAUUUUUAAAGAACUGAUUGACUCUCUGCUAGACACUAACAAAAUACCCAUCAUAUCUGGCUCUGUGCCCUCUCUGAAUCGUGGCAUUGAACGCUUUAGCAGGAUUCUUGCUCUUCACAAUUGGCUACGUGAUUAUUGCAGCUCAAUGGGUGUAACUUUUGUUGACAAUUUCAAUACCUUUUGGAAACAAAACACGUUUUAUAAGGAGGGUGGGAUCCACCCAAAUCAUUUGGGUUCCUGGAUCCUUUCGCAGCAUUAUAAGGCUGCGUUGAGACAAUGACUUAUCAAUGACCCAAGCCCAGCUCAGCUAAUCCCUACCAUUGUGACACAAGAGUUGUCAAAAUUGUCAAAGGCGCACAAUUGGCCCGGCGUCGUCCAGGGUAGGGGAGGGAAUGGCCGGCAGGGAUGUAGCUCAGUUGGUAGAGCAUGGCGUUUGCAACGCAGGGGUUGUGGGUUCGAUUCCCAGUACUCACUAACUGUAAGUCGCUCUGGAUAAGAGCGUCUGCUAAAUGACUAAAAUGUAAAAUGUAAGAAACAAGGUUCAUGAAAUCAAUAAUUUGCUAGUAACAGAUGACAUUCAUAUUCUGACUAUCUCUGAAACUCACUUAAAUAAUACCUUUGAGGAUACAGUGGUAGCAAUACAAGGUUAUAACAUUUACAGAAAAUACAGAAAUGCCAAUGGUGGAGGUGUUGCUGUUUAUAUUCAGAACCACAUUCCUGUGAAGAUUAGCGAGGAUCUCAUGUUAAAUACUGUUGAAGUAAUAUGGCUAAAGGUUCAUCUGCCUCACCUAAAGCCCAUUCUGGUGGGAAGCUGCUAUAGACCACCAAGUGCUAACAGUCAGUAUCUGGAUAAUAUGUGUGACAUGUUUGGUUAAAUCCCAGUGGAUUGAGGGGAAUUGAAUAAUUGUAUGGUUGAGAGGGAUGAGGCAAAAGGAAUGGCAAAUAAGUCUGAUUGCACAACCGAUUGGCAAACGUACUGCAAAUUGAGAAAUUAUGUGACUAAACUGAAUAAAAAGAAGAAAUAACUACACUAUGAAACAAAGAUAAAUGACACAAAGAAUGAUAGUAAAAAGCUUUGGAGCACCUUCAAUUACAUUUUGGGGAAAAAGGCAAACUCAGCUCCAUCAUUCAUUGAAUCAGAUGGCUCAUUCAUCACAAAACCCACUGAUAUCGCCAACUACUUUAAUACUUUUUUCAUUGGCAAAAUUAGCAAACUUAGGCAUGACAUGCCAGCAACAAUUGCUGACACUACACAUCCAAGUAUAUCUGACAAAAUUAUGAAAGACAAGCAUAGUAAUUUUGAAUUCCGUAAAAUGAGUGUGGAAGAGGUGAAAAAAGUAUUGUUGUCUAUCAACAAUGACAAGCCACCGGGGUCUGACAACUUGGAUGGAAGAUUACUGAGGAUAAUAGCGGACGAUAUUGCCACUCCUAUUUGCCAUAUCUUCAAUUUACAGUGGGGGAAAAAAGUAUUUAGUCAGCCACCAAUUGUGCAAGUUCUCCCACUUAAAAAGAUGAGAGGCCUGUAAUUUUCAUCAUAGGUACACGUCAACUAUGACAGACAAAUUGAGAGAAAAAAAUCCAGAAAAUCACAUUCUUUUUAUUUGCAAAUUAUGGUGGAAAAUAAGUAUUUGGUCACCUACAAACAAGCAAGAUUUCUGGCUCUCACAGACCUGUAACUUCUUCUUUAAGAGGCUCCUCUGUCCUCCACUCGUUACCUGUAUUAAUGACACCUGUUUGAACUUGUUAUCAGUAUAAAAGACACCUGUCCACAACCUCAAACAGUCACACUCCAAACUCCACUAUGGCCAAGACCAAAGAGCUGUCAAAGGACACCAGAAACAAAAUUGUAGACCUGCACCAGGCUGGGAAGACUGAAUCUGCAAUAGGUAAGCAGCUUGGUUUGAAGAAAUCAACAGUGGGAGCAAUUAUUAGGAAAUGGAAGACAUACAAGACCACUGAUAAUCUCCCUCCAUCUGGGGCUCCACGCAAGAUCUCACCCCGUGGGGUCAAAAUGAUCACAAGAACGGUGAGCAAAAAUCCCAGAACCACACGGGGGGACCUAGUGAAUGACCUGCAGAGAGCUGGGACCAAAGUAACAAAGCCUACCAUCAGUAACACACUACGCCGCCAGGGACUCAAAUCCUGCAGUGCCAGACGUGUCCCCCUGCUUAAGCCAGUACAUGUCCAGGCCCGUCUGAAGUUUGCUAGAGUGCAUUUGGAUGAUCCAGAAGAGGAUUGGGAGAAUGUCAUAUGGUCAGAUGAAACCAAAAUAGAACUUUUUGGUAAAAACUCAACUCGUCGUGUUUGGAGGACAAGGAAUGCUGAGUUGCAUCCAAAGAACACCAUACCUACUGUGAAGCAUGGGGGUGGAAACAUAAUGCUUUGGGGCUGUUUUUCUGCAAAGGGACCAGGACGACUGAUCCGUGUAAAGGAAAGAAUGAAUGGGGCCAUGUAUCGGGAGAUUUUGAGUGAAAACCUCCUUCCAUCAGCAAGGGCAUUGAAGAUGAAACGUGGCUGGGUCUUUCAGCAUGACAAUGAUCCCAAACACACCGCCCGGGCAACGAAGGAGUGGCUUCGUAAGAAGCAUUUCAAGGUCCUGGAAGGUCCUGGAGUGGCCUAGCCAGUCUCCAGAUCUCAACCCCAUAGAAAAUCUUUGGAGGGAGUUGAAAGUCUGUGUUGCCCAGCGACAGCCCCAAAACAUCACUGCUCUAGAGGAGAUCUGCAUGGAGGAAUGGGCCAAAAUACCAGCAACAGUGUGUGAAAACCUUGUGAAGACUUACAGAAAACGUUUGACCUGUGUCAUUGCCAACAAAGGGUAUAUAACAAAGUAUUGAGAAACUUUUGUUAUUGACCAAAUACUUAUUUUCCACCAUAAUUUGCAAAUAAAUUCAUUAAAAAUCCUACAAUGUGAUUUUCUGGAAAAAAAAUUCUCAUUUUAUAAUAAUAAUUUUGUCUGUCAUAGUUGACGUGUACCUAUGAUGAAAAUUACAGGCCUCUCUCAUCUUUUUAAGUGGGAGAACUUGCACAAUUGGUGGCUGACUAAAUACUUUUUUCCCCACUGUAAGCCUACUAGAAAGUGUGUGCCCCCAGGCUUGGAGGGAAGCAAAAGUCAUUCCGCUACCUAAGAAUAGUAAAGCCCCCUUUACUGGCUCAAAUAGCCGACCAAUUAGCCUGUUACCAACCCUUAGUAAACUAUUGGAAAAAAUGGUGUUUGACCAGAUACAAUGCUAUUUUACAGUAAACAAAUUGACAACAAACUUUCAGCAUGCUUAUAGAGAAGGACAUUCAACAAGCACAGCACUUACACAAAUGACCGAUGAUUGGCUGAGAGAAAUUGAUGAUAAAAAGAUUUUGGGGGCUGUUUUGUUAGACUUCAGUGCGGCUUUUGACAUUAUCGAUCAUAGUCUGCUGCUGGAAAAACGUAUGUGUUAUGGCUUUACACCCCCUGCUAUAUUGUGGAUAAAGAGUUACCUGUCUAACAGAACACAGAGGGUGUUCUUUAAUGGAAGCCUCUCCAACAUAAUCCAGGUAGAUUCAGGAAUUCCCCAGGGCAGCUGUCUAGGCCCCUUACUUUUUUCAAUCUUUACUAACGACAUGCCACUGGCUUUGAGUAAAGCCAGUAUGUCUAUGUAUGUGGAUGACUCAACACUAUACACGUCAGCUACUACAGCGACUGAAAUGACUGCAACACUUAAUAAAGAGUUGCAGUUAGUUUCAGAAUGGGUGACAAGGAAUAAGUUAGUCCUAAAUAUUUCUAAAACUAAAAGCAUUGAAUUUGGGACAAAUCAUUCACUAAACCCUAAACUUAAACUAAAUCUUGUAAUAAUUAAUGUGGAAACUGAGCAAGUUGAGGUGACUAAACUGCUUGGAGUAACCCUGGAUUGUAAACUGUCAUGGUCAAAACAUACUGAUACAACAGUAGCUAAGAUGGGGAGAAGUAUGUCCAUAAUUAAGCGCUGCUCUACCUUCUUAACAACACUAUCAACAACACUAUCAACAAGCCCUAGUUUUGUCACACCUGGACUACUGUUCAGUCGUGUGGUCAGGUGCCACAAAGAGGGACUUGGGAAAAUUACAAUUGGCUCAGAACAGGGCAGCACGGCUGGCCCUUAAAAGCACACGGAGAGCUAACAUUAAUGACAUGCAUGUCAGUCUCUCCUGGCUCAGAGUGGAAGAGAGAUUGACUUCAUCACUGCUUGUUUUUUUAAAGAGGUGUUGACAAGCUGAAUGUACUGAGCUGUCUGUUUGGAAUAAUAGCACACAGCUCGGACACCCAUGCAUAUCCCACAAGACAUGCCACCAGAGGUCUCUUCACAGUCCCCAAGUCCAGAACAGACUACGGGAAACGCACAGUACUACAUAGAGCCAUGACUACAUGGAACUCUAUUCCACAUCAAGUAACUGAUGCAAGCAGUAAAGUCAGAUUUAAAAAAACAGAUAAAAAUACACUUUAUGGAACAGCGCGGACUGUGAAGAGACACAAGGCACACACAGCAUUCGCAAACACAUGCUAACACCCGCACUCUACACACAUACAUUUUUAUAUUGUUAAUUUGCUGUAUUAUUGAUUUUGUAUUGUAAAUAUAUUAUGGUAGAGUGUUGUGUAUUAAGGUAUUGUUUUAUUGUAUGUAAAUUGUGGUUGGACCCCAGGAAGAGUAUCUGCUGCCUUGGCAGCCGCUAAUGGGGAUCCGUAAUAAACCCCAGGAAGAGUAGCUGUUGCCUUGGCAGCCGCUAAUGGGGAUCCGUAAUAAAUACAAAGACAAGGACGUCCCUGCAUAUAGUACUGCGUUAAUGGUAGGGCCUUUUAACCAGCUCUCUUUGACUUUAACAGCCGAGGGUAGUGGAAGCUGACUGAAACGGAGAGGGAAUAAGAAACGCCUGGCGUGCCCUAAUGAAUACGACCUCUGUCUCCAGGUCCUCGUCUGACCCCGAGGAGGAUGUGUGUAUUCUGGAUGACACCCCUGAGCCCCCUGAGCAUGUAGAACGUACCACCCGGUCCGUCUCCACCCCCCAGAGAGGCUCCACCCCCCAGAGAGGCUCCACCCCCCAGAGAGGCUCCACCCCCCAGAGAGGCUCCACCCCCCAGAGAGGCUCCACCCCCCAGAGAGGCUCAUCCAAUCAGAGAAGCUCUUCACAUAAGAGGAGCUCCACCCCUCAGAACGAAUCCACCAGUAAAAAGGGAACCGAUCCGAAGUGGUAUGUAGAGCUAUAUAGCUUCAGAAUAGUUCUGUCUUCUCCACUGGGAUAUGAUUCUAGGAGACAUUUUGGUUAUGUAUUUCAGGGAUAAGGUAGAGGAUGAUGUUCAAAUCACAGCUGAUUUGACUUUCUCUCUCUCUCUUUAUAAUGGUGCUGUCAUCUGCAGGAAGCAGCUAUUCAGUGUUGCCAAGGAAUCCAAGGAUAGGUGGAGCGAUGAAGAUGAUUUAUUUGACUCCCCUCACAAAGACAGUAAUUAUGAUGAUCAACAGUUAUGAUUCAAAACUGUGUGGUGUUUUAUUACUAGGCAUUUUACUAUGGAGUUCUAACCUAUGUCUUUGUUUUAGGUUCUGGAGACAGCAACAGAACCAGUACCACUGGAGGUGGCAGGAAGAGGGUGAGUUUAGGUUCUGGAGACAGAACCAGUACCACUGGAGGUGGCAGGAAGAGGGUGAGUUUAGGUUCUGGAGGCAGCAACAGAACCAGUACCACUGGAGGUGGCAGGAAGAGGGUGAGUUUAGGUUCUGGAGACAGAACCAGUACCACUGGAGGUGGCAGGAAGAGGGUGAGUUUAGGUUCUGGAGGCAGCAACAGAACCAGUACCACUGGAGGUGGCAGGAAGAGGGUGAGUUUAGGUUCUGGAGGCAGCAACAGAACCAGUACUACUGGAGGAGACAGGAAGAGGGUGAGUUUAGGUUCUGGAGACAGCAACAGAACCAGUACCACUGGAGGAGACAGGAAGAGGGUGAGUUUAGGUUCUGGAGACAGCAACAGAACCAGUACUACUGGAGGUGGCAGGAAGAGGGUGAGUUUAGGUUCUGGAGGCAGCAACAGAACCAGUACUACUGGAGGAGACAGGAAGAGGGUGAGUUUAGGUUCUGGAGACAGGAAGAGGGUGAGUUUAGGUUCUGGAGACAGCAACAGAACCAGUACUACUGGAGGUGGCAGGAAGAGGGUGAGUUUAGGUUCUGGAGGCAGCAACAGAACCAGUACUACUGGAGGUGGCAGGAAGAGGGUGAGUUUAGGUUCUGGAGACAGCAACAGAACCAGUACCACUGGAGGUGGCAGGAAGAGGGUGUUUUUAGGUUCUGGAGGCAGCAACAGAACCAGUACCACUGGAGGUGGCAGGAAGAGGGUGAGUUUAGGUUCUGGAGACAGAACCACUACGACUGGAGGAGACAGGAAGAGGGUGAGUUUAGGUUCUGGAGGCAGCAACAGAACCAGUACUACUGGAGGUGGCAGGAAGAGGGUGAGUUUAGGUUCUGGAGACAGAACCAGUACGACUGGAGGAGACAGGAAGAGGGUGAGUUUAGGUUAUGGAGACAGCCUCAGUUUAGAAGAUGGUGACAUUCUGGAAAAUAUUCAGACCCCUUCCCCUUUAUCCACAGUUUGUUACGUUACAGCCUUAUUCUAAAAUUGAUUAAAUUAAUUUUUAAAAAUCCUCAUCAAUCUACACACAAUACCCCAUAAUGACAAAGUGAAAACAGGUUUUUAGAAAUGUUUGCAAAUUUAUACAAAGUAAAAGACAGAAAUACCUUAUUUACAUAAGUAUUCAGACCCUUUGCUAUGAGACUCAAAAUUGAGCCAUCCUUGAGAUGUUUCUACAACUUGGAGUCCACCUGGGGUAAAUUCAAUUGAUUGGACAUGAUUUGGAAAGGCACACACCUGUCUAUAUAAGGUCCCACAGUUGACAGUGCAUGUCAGAGCAAAAACCAAGCCAUGAGGUCGAAGGAAUUGUCCGUAGAGCUCCGAGACAGGAUUGUGUCGAGGCACAGAUCUGGAGAAGGGUACCAAAAAAUGUCUGCAGCAUUGAAGGUCCCCAAGAACACAGUGGCCUCCAUCAUUCUGAAAUAGAAGAAGUUUGGAACCACCAAGACUCUUCCUAGAGCUGGCUGCCCAGCCAAACUGAGCAAUCGGGGGAGAAGGGCCUUGGUCAGGGAGGUGACCAAGAACCCGAUGGUCACUCUGACAGAGCUCCGCUAUGGAGAUGGGAGAACCUUCCAGAAGGACAACAAUCUCUGCAGCACUCCACCAAUCAGGCCUUUAUGGUAGAGUGGCCAGACGGAAGCCACUCCUCAGUAAAAGGCACAUGACAGACCGCUUGGAGUUUGCCAAAAGGCACCUAAAGACUCUCAGACCAGGAGAAACAAGAUUCUCUGGUCUGAUGAAACCAAGAUUGAACUCUUUGGCCUGAAUGCCAAGCGUCACGUCUGGAGGAAACCUGGCACCAUCCCUACGAUGAAGCAUGGUGGUGGCAGCAUCAUGCUCUGGGGAUGUUUUUCAGCGGUAGGGACUGGGAGAUUAGUCAUGAUCGAGGGAAAAGUGAACAGAGCAAAGUACAGAGAGAUCCUUGAUGAAAACCUGCUCCAGAGCGCUCAGGACCUCGGACUGGGGCGAAGGUUCACCUUCCAACAGGACAACAACCUUAAGCACAUAGCCAAGACAACGCAGGAGUGGCUUCGGGACAAGUCUCUGAAUGUCCUUGAGUGGCCCAGCCAGAGCCCGGACUUGAACCCAAUCAAAACAUCUCUGGAGAGACCUGAAAAUAGCUGUCCAACCUGACAGAGCUUGAGAGGAUCUGCAGAGAAGAAUGGGAGAAACUCCCCAAAUACAGGUGUGCCAAGCUUGUAGCGUCAUACCCAAGAAGACUCGAGGCUGUAAUCGCUGCCAAAGGUGCUUCAACAAAGUACUGUGUAAAUCGUCUGAAUACUUAUGUAAAUGUAAAAUGUACGUUUUUUUAUAUUUUGUAUAUAUUUGCUAAUAAUUGUAAAAACUUGUUUUGGCUUCAUCAUUAUUGGGGUAUUGUGUGUAGAUUGAUGAGGAAAAAAACGAUUUAAUCCAUUUUAGAAUAAGGCUGUAUCGUAACAAAAUGUGGAAAAAGUCAAGGGGUCUGAAUACUUUCCAAAUGCACUGUAGGUUUUUAAAUGUUGAUGGUUUCCUGGACACAGAUUUAAGGCUAGUCCUGGACUAAACAGCAAACAACUCAAUGGAGAAUCAGGACUAGGCUUAAUCUGUGUCCGGGAAACCUCUACAUAAUGUAUACUAUGUUAACCCUAAGUGUUGGCCUCUACAGUGUGUAUACUAUGUUAACCCUAAGUGUUGUCCUCUACAGUGUGUAUACUAUGUUAACCCUAAGUGUUGUCCUCUACAGUGUGUAUACUAUGUUAACCCUAAGUGUUGUCCUCUACAGUGUUGUAUACUAUGUUAACCCUAAGUGUUGUCCUCUACAGUGUGUAUACUAUGUUAACCCUAAGUGUUGUCCUCUACAGUGUGUAUACUAUGUUAACCCUAAGUGUUGUCCUCUACAGUGUGUAUACUAUGUUAACCCUAAGUGUUGUCCUCUACAGUGUGUAUACUAUGUUAACCCUAAGUGUUGUCCUCUACAGUGUGUAUACUAUGUUAACCCUAAGUGUUGUCCUCUACAGUGUGUAUACUAUGUUAACCCUAAGUGUUGUCCUCUACAGUGUGUAUACUAUGUUAACCCUAAGUGUUGUCCUCUACAGUGUGUAUACUAUGUUAACCCUAAGUGUUGUCCUCUACAGUGUGUAUACUAUGUUAACCCUAAGUGUUGUCCUCUACAGUGUGUAUACUAUGUUAACCCUAAGUGUUGUCCUCUACAGUGUGUAUACUAUGUUAACCCUAAGUGUUGUCCUCUACAGUGUGUAUACUAUGUUAACCCUAAGUGUUGUCCUCUACAGUGUGUAUACUAUGUUAACCCUAAGUGUUGUCCUCUACAGUGUGUAUACUAUGUUAACCCUAAGUGUUGUCCUCUACAGUGUGUAUACUAUGUUAACCCUAAGUGUUGUCCUCUACAGUGUGUAUACUAUGUUAACCCUAAGUGUUGUCCUCUACAGUGUGUAUACUAUGUUAACCCUAAGUGUUGUCCUCUACAGUGUGUAUACUAUGUUAACCCUAAGUGUUGUCCUCUACAGUGUGUAUACUAUGUUAACCCUAAGUGUUGUCCUCUACAGUGUGUAUACUAUGUUAACCCUAAGUGUUGUCCUCUACAGUGUGUAUACUAUGUUAACCCUAAGUGUUGUCCUCUACAGUGUGUAUACUAUGUUAACCCUAAGUGUUGUCCUCUACAGUGUGUAUACUAUGUUAACCCUAAGUGUUGUCCUCUACAGUGUGUAUACUAUGUUAACCCUAAGUGUUGUCCUCUACAGUGUGUAUACUAUGUUAACCCUAAGUGUUGUCCUCUACAGUGUUGUAUACUAUGUUCACCCUAAGUGUUGUCCUCUACAGUGUGUAUACUAUGUUAACCCUAAGUGUUGUCCUCUACAGUGUGUAUACUAUGUUAACCCUAAGUGUUGUCCUCUACAGUGUGUAUACUAUGUUAACCCUAAGUGUUGUCCUCUACAGUGUGUAUACUAUGUUAACCCUAAGUGUUGUCCUCUACAGUGUGUAUACUAUGUUAACCCUAAGUGUUGUCCUCUACAGUGUGUAUACUAUGUUAACCCUAAGUGUUGUCCUCUACAGUGUGUAUACUAUGUUAACCCUAAGUGUUGUCCUCUACAGUGUGUAUACUAUGUUAACCCUAAGUGUUGUCCUCUACAGUGUGUAUACUAUGUUAACCCUAAGUGUUGUCCUCUACAGUGUUGUAUACUAUGUUAACCCUAAGUGUUGUCCUCUACAGUGUUGUAUACUAUGUUAACCCUAAGUGUUGUCCUCUACAGUGUGUAUACUAUGUUAACCCUAAGUGUUGUCCUCUACAGUGUGUAUACUAUGUUAACCCUAAGUGUUGUCCUCUACAGUGUGUAUACUAUACCUUGAGUGUUCUGUUGUGUCUCUACUGUAGAUGUGGACAGCAGAGGAGACCGAGUGGGUGAAGGAUGGAGUGCGUCGCUAUGGAGAGGGGAACUGGACCAGAGUAAAGUCCUCUUUCCCCUUCGUCGGCCGAACAUCCGUCAACAUCAAGGAUAGGUGGAGAACCAUGAAGAAACUAAAGAUGGUCUGAGGGCACCAAACAGAAGAACACUGGCUAAAACAGGGGAAGGACUAUCUACUAACUUGUCCUAUAAGAAAUGCUCCUUUUUCGCUUUGUUGCAAAAUGUUUUUCUACGGGGUGCAGUAAUGAAUCCGACCCUGGAGAGGGCCUCUGAGCUACGUAAGAGAAUGACGACAUUAUCCAGUUGAGAGAAUGGAUGCAGACUUUUAAACGUUUUCUUUCCACAAAAUGUUGAUUUUGUUAAAUUAACAUUUACCCCGCCGCACAUCCAUCAACGAUGAGAACGGGUGGAGGACCAUGAAGAAGCUAAAGAUGGGCUGAGGGCCUUUGGACUAAGCAAGAGGGAAUAGGUCGAUUAUCCAGCUAAUCUAAAUGGAUGUUUUAGAAAUGUUCUAGAAUAUGUUCAAUGUUGAUUCUGCCACUUUUUAACAGAUUCUUGAAAUAAGACAGACAGUCUUUCUUCGUAGAAUAAAGACUUCUCUUAUACUGACUGGCCUAAUGUUUACCACAGGACUGGCAAGCUUACUGCAUUGAGUUGUUACAGUUAAGACCAGUGUUUAAUAGCUACAGUAAAUACAUGCUAUAUUGAAGUGAUGUUAGUGCCAGAAUCCAACAUUUUAUGAUCGUUUUAUUUGUAGAAAAAAAAUACAUUUCAGUAUAUCACAAGUUAAUGUUAUGCAGAUGGAAUUAUUAACUGUAUAAUAGUAUUUAUGUAAAUCGCUCUAACAGUAGUUCCAUGCUCAAACCAGAGAUCCAUACAGAUUAGGAAUACUACACAAAACCCCAAUAUUCAAUUUACAGAACAAAUCCAGGGACAGAAAACUAUUAGAUUUGGUGAUUUACAUCACUAAGGAUUCAGCCAUAGGGAUGGGAUGUUGGAUGCUGUCAUCUUGAUGAAACUAUCCAGACAGUCACUGGCCCUAUGGUAAUCACAGGGAAAUACACAAUCGUAUCCUGUUUCCCAACCGUCUCCAAGACCACCAGACGUUUUCACAUAGCUGUCCUUCCCAACCCUCUCCUCGGGGACCACCAGAUGUUUUCACAUAGCUGUACCUCCCAACCCUCUCCUCGGGGACCACCAGACGUUUUCACAUAGCUGUACUUCCCAACCCCCUGGUGGUCCCUGCGGAGAGGGUUGGGAAGUACUACUGUGCAUAAUUGAUAGUCCAGUUUGUGAAGACUCCUCUAUGUGAGCGUGUCCUCAGACCUGAUGAACUCUCCAAUGUCCGCCUGGUGGAACACAACGAUGGACAAGGGGUCCACUCUCCUGCACUCCUGGGUCGACUUGGCUGCCACUCCGAAACCCUGUGGAAGACAGAGGGGCACGUUCAGUUGAGUCAAACCUGCACAUGACUGUCAAAUAUAAUUCUCUAAUGGUUACCUACAGUCGUGGUCAAAAGUUUUGAGAAUGACACAAAUACUAAUUUUCACAAAAGUCCGCUGCCUCAGUUUUGAUGAUGGCAAUUUGCAUAUACUCCAGAAUGUCAUGAAAAGUGAUCAGAUGAAUUGCAAAGUCCCUCUUUGCCAUGAAAAUGAACUUAAUCCCUCAAAAAACAUUUCCACUGCAUUUCAGCCCUGCCACAAAAGGACCAGCUGCCAUCAUGUCACUGAUUCUCUCAUUAACACAGGUGAGAGUGUUGACGAGGACAAGGCUGGAGAUCACUCUGUCACGCUGAUUGAGUUAGAAUAACAGACUGGAAGCUUUAAAAGGAGGGUGGUGCUUGAAAUCAAUGUUCUUCCUCUGUUAACCAUGCUUACCUGCAAGGAAACACGUGCCGUCAUCAUCGCUUUGCACAAAAAGGGCUUCACAGGCAAGGAUAUUGCUGCUAGUAAGAUUGCACCUAAAUCAACCAUUUAUCCGAUCAUCAAGAACUUCAAGGAGAGAGGUUCAAUUGUUGUGAAGAAGGCGUCAGGGCGCCCAAGAAAGUCCAGCAAGCGCCAGGACCGUCUCCUUAAGUUGAUUCAGCUGCGGGAUUGGGGCACCACCAGUGCAGAGCUUGCUCAGGAAUGGCAGCAGGCAGGUGUGAGUGCAUCUGCAUGCACAGUGAGGCGAAUACUUUUGGAGGAUGGCUUGGUGUCAAGAAGGGCAGCAAAGAAGACACUUAUCUCCGGGAAAAACAUCAGGGACAGACUGAUAUUCUGCAAAAGGUACAGGGAUUGGACUGCUGAGGACUGGGGUAAAGUCAUUUUCUCUGAUGAAUCCCCUUUCCGAUUGUUUGGGGCAUCCGGAAAACACCUUGUCCGGAGAAGACAAGGUGAGCGCUACCAUCAGUCCUGUGUCAUGCCAACAGUAAAGCAUCCUGAGACCAUUAAUGUGUGGGGUUGCUUCUCAGCCAAGGGAGUGGGCUCACUCAAAAUUUUGCCUAAGAACACAGCCAUGAAUAAAGAAUGGUACCAACACAUCCUCCGAGAGCAACUUCUCCCAACCAUCCAAGAACAGUUUGGUGACGAACAAUGCCUUUUCCAGCAUGAUGGAGCACCUUGCCAUAAGGCAAAAGUGAUAACUAAGUGGCUCGGGGAACAAAACAUCGACAUUUUGGGUCCAUGGCCAGGAAACUCCCCAGACCUUAAUCCCAUUGAGAACUUGUGGUCAAUCCUCAAGAGGCGGGUGGACAAACAAAAACCCACAAAUUAGUAGACGUUAAGAUUGUUGAUGACUUAGAUAUUAGCUCCACAUAGCUUGUUUGCAACGUCUUCAACAAGCUUGUAUGAAGGAGCAACCAACCGUCAAAUGAAGGAGCAACCAACCGUCAAAUGAAGGAGCAACCAACCGUCAAAUGAUCACUAUCCAAAAGAGAUGCGGUGUAAAACUGGCAAUCUGGGCCGGUUUACCAUACAGAUUAAGCCUAGUCCAGUCUGGGCCGGUUUACCAUACAGAUUAAGCCUAGUCCAGUCUGGGCCGGUUUACCAUACAGAUUAACCCUAGUCCAGUCUGGGGCGGUUUACCAUACAGAUUAAGCCUAGUCCAAUCUGGGCUGGUUUACCAUACAGAUUAAGCCUAGUCCAGUCUGGGCCGGUUUACCAUACAGAUUAAGCCUAGUCCAGUCUGGGCCGGUUUACCAUACAGAUUAAGCCUAGUCCAGUCUGGGCCGGUUUACCAUACAGAUUAAGCCUAGUCCAGUCUGGGCCGGUUUACCAUACAGAUUAAGCCUAGUCCAGUCUGGGCCGGUUUACCAUACAGAUUAAGCCUAGUCCAGUCUGGGCCGGUUUACCAUACAGAUUAAGCCUAGUCCAAUCUGGGCCGGUUUACCAUACAGAUUAAGCCUAGUCCAGUCUGGGCCGGUUUACCAUACAGAUUAAGCCUAGUCCAAUCUGGGCCGGUUUACCAUACAGAUUAAGCCUAGUCCAAUCUGGGCCGGUUUACCAUACAGAUUAAGCCUAGUCCAAUCUGGGCCGGUUUACCAUACAGAUUAAGCCUAGUCCAAUCUGGGCCGGUUUACCAUACAGAUUAAGCCUAGUCCAGUCUGGGCCGGUUUACCAUACAGAUUAAGCCUAGACCAAUCUGGGCCGGUUUACCAUACAGAUUAAGCCUAGUCCAAUCUGGGCCGGUUUACCAUACAGAUUAAGCCUAGUCCAAUCUGGGCCGGUUUACCAUACAGAUUAAGCCUAGUCCAAUCUGGGCCGGUUUACCAUACAGAUUAAGCCUAGUCCAGUCUGGGCCGGUUUACCAUACAGAUUAAGCCUAGUCCAGUCUGGGCCGGUUUACCAUACAGAUUAAGCCUAGUCCAGUCUGGGCCGGUUUACCAUACAGAUUAAGCCUAGUCCAGUCUGGGCCGGUUUACCAUACAGAUUAAGCCUAGUCCAGUCUGGGCCGGUUUACCAUACAGAUUAAGCCUAGUCCUGGACCAAAAAGCAUUUGAAAACGCUUUUUUAGUCUGACUAGUUAACCUCUGUCUGAGGAAACCUGCCCUAUAUGUUGAUGUGAAUUUAUUGGAUAAUGAAUGUACAGUAUGUGCAGGGAGGGCCAACUCACCAGUGGUACGUCUGCCAUGGAAUAGACCACCACUCCCUGGUACUGGUUAGUGUUCUCUGUGAUCCUCCCCAGACCAGACUUCAACACGUGGUUCCCAUAGAGGAAGGACUGCUCCUGCCCAGGCUUCACCCACACCUUGAACUGAACACACAGAGGGUUCAGUUACUCAGAGAAUAGUGUUAUUAGUGUUCUCUGUGAUCCUCCCCAGACCAGACUUCAACACGUGGUUCCCAUAGAGGAAGGACUGCUCCUGCCCAGGCUUCACCCACACCUUGAACUGAACACACAGAGGGUUCAGUUACUCAGAGAAUAG